AUGGAUGCGGAUCGUGGUGCCUCGGAGUCCCAUGGAAGUGAUCAUGAUGCUGAAGAGGAUGCCAGGGUGGCUAUAGCUCAAGUCCACCGAGUGACCGUUGGCAACAAUGCCUGGUACCCAGACAUCCAAACUGCUGACAAUCGUGUCUUCUUCAAGAUUGACAAGCAUGAUCGGGAGCUCACCAAAAUUACCCUUGGAAAGGGUGUCAACCGACACAAGAACAAGGGUGAGAUCAGAACACUGAGCAAGUUGCAAUGGUGGGCAGACAUGCAUGCCUUGAGGAAACAAGCCUGCAACUCAGCCAUUCAUGAUGUGUUGCGGGCUGCCAUGACGGAGAAUGGAGACGAAGUGCCUGCCAACUUUCGGUUUCGAGACGCCAGGGAUGAUGACAAGUGGCUUGUCCGUAAAGAGGUAGUGGAGCUUCAUUGUCCAGCCCUGGAGGACUAUCCAGCCACGGUCAUCAUGGCUUUGUGGCAGAUUCGUGGUCCGCUCUUUCUGGAGCUCACAGAGGAGUGCGUCAAGUACUGUGUGGCUGCCAUCAGGCAGUCACCAGAUGCUGUGCCAUGUUCUCCCAAGCGGAAACGCAAGAAGAAGCUUCGCCGCAGUGCCAGCACUCCACGAAAAGCGGAACAUGGACCGGCACGUCCCAUGGAAUCCGAGCCUGCAGCACCAGAAGCUCCAGGUGCAGACUGA